GUGUCUUGUGAAGUGUUCUGACAAUUAGUUAUAUAUAGACUACUAUAGUUUCAACUCCUCAGUUGUCGACUAUAUGAUAAACGUAGUAAUAAGCAGAAAUCAUCAAGACCCAUGGCCUACAGUGUGAGCUUCAAUGUGAACAUGUGUGAAAUGGAUUCUGACUAUGAGAACCUGGGAGAAUGUGAAUCAGUUCAGGACUUCCAGUUUGGUGGAGAGUCAGCAGUCAGCAACCAGAGGUGUCCAGAAACCCUACAGUUGGACACUUUUAGGGAAUACACAGGCACAGACAGCCCAAUUGAUGGCAUCAGGAGAGAUGACACACUUGAUGGGGAGCAGAUGAAUUCUCUGCAGAGGUACCGCUGGUCAGCUGCUACCCGGAAGGUCCUCUCGUCAAUGCCCAGUCGCGCUGCUGGGCCAAAUAGUGGUGCGCUAAUUUCCUUGCAUGGUCGACACUCACCUCAGCCACGCCAACACCAGACCUCCUCCCAUGAUUCUUCUCACCCUUCCAGACCAAUCCAGGAAGGCUUUCUCCAAGCAGACAUGGAGGACAUGAUUAGUGAAGAAAACAAGAAGGAGCAAUUGUUGUCCGACCUCCAAGGCCUCUCAGUGAGCGAGGGCAUGCGCAAGUUGCGAGCAAUGCCGCUUUGCCUGCGGGAUAAGAUGGAAAUCAGGAGACUUGCUUUCAGUGACGUAGCCCAAAGUUCACUUGUCACCAGAAAAAUCCCGUGCUGCAGUCGUCUAAGCGUUUCCAUUUCGAGGGUGAGUCCAAAGGAUGUGCUACCUCAUAAACCAUUUUUGUUUGUGUCUGUCAGUCACUCGAGUUUUUCCUCCCCUCAGACUUGGCGUUACUGCGUGUUCAGCUGCCUCCCUGUGCUCAGUUCCCUCCAGUUGUGGCACUCUUCCAUGAAGAGAAUGAGCGCACGAUUUGGAACCGGCGUACUCUCCUACUUCCUGUUUCUCCGGACUCUCCUGCUCUUUAACCUGCUCCUCUUUGCCAUCAACGGGUUGUUCUUGGUCUUCCCUCAAGCCAUCAACCCCCCUUGUCCUUGUUAUGACUGUAAUUCCAGCUUUCUAACUGGUCUUGAGCUUCUCACAGGCACGGGCUAUCUCUCUCAGACUGUGAUGUUUUAUGGAUACUACACCAACACUAUCAAGAGAACUUGUCUAUCUGCUAACUCGAGUCACAGCUCCACCACCGAAUCCCCUGAUCUGCCAGCCUAUGGCAGUGACAAGUUCCAGAUAAUGCCAUACAGCAUACCUGCAGCCUAUUUCUUUACCAUCAUAAUCACUUUCUUCAUUAUCUGCAUCAUCCUAGUGUACAGCAUAUCCACAUCUUUUGGGAGAAGCUUGCAUGUCCUCAAGUCUACUGGGUAUCUGACUGUAAAAGUUUUCUGCUCCUGGGACUUCAAAGUCAGCAAGAAGUCAUCCAUCAGAUUUCAGUCUGAAAAAAUCAGCACUCAUCUCAAAGAGCUGCUAUCUGAUAUGAUCAAUGGAGAAGAUGAAAAGGACUGCACGCAGCGACUCUGCCAGCUCAUCGUGCGUCUGACAGCCUGGAUUAUGUGUCUGAGCAGCAUCUCCUUGAGCGCCAUGGGAGUUCACUUCCUGUCAGAGUAUGCCAUCAAGCAGCAUCCUUUCAAAGAAACAGACCUGGUGCUCAUGUCUGCAGUGGUUUCGGGCAUUAACCUGUUGCUCCCUAGCUUCUUCAACCUGUGUGCUUGGAUAGAGGAUCAUGACUCCCCCAGUGUUCAAGUGCAUGUCUCCAUCCUCAGGAACCUGUUGUUGAAAGUCAGUAUUGUGGGGGUGCUGUGUUUCCGCUGGCUGGGGAGAAUUGCUGUUGAACCAGAAAGUCCUCACUUACAGUGUUGGGAGACCUUUGUGGGGCAAGAGCUGUAUCGCUUGCUUCUGAUGGACUUUGUUUUCACAGUGCUUUACACGUUUUGGGGAGAGUUCGUGUGGAGGCUCUUUUCUAAGCGAGUGCUGAAGAGGAACAGGAAGCCGGUGUUUGACAUUGCUCGUAAUGUGCUGGAGCUCAUAUAUGGACAAACUCUUACUUGGCUCGGAGUGCUGUUUGCUCCACUGCUUCCUGCAGUUCAGAUCAUAAAACUGUUGGUGCUGUUUUACAUAAAGAAGACCAGUCUACUGCUUAACUGUCAGGCCUCCAGAAAGCCUUGGAGGGCCAGUCAGAUGACAGCAUUGUUCAUCUUCCUUUUGUACUUCCCCUCGUUUCUUGGUGCUGCCGUGUUGGUCAUGUAUACAAUUUGGACCAUUAAACCCUCAACAAAGUGCGGCCCUUUCAGGAAUCUCACCACAAUGUUUCAGUCGGGGCAGCUGUGGGCCCGGGUGGUGCAGAAAGACCACCAGAUUCUGUUUUGGCUCAGCAAGGCCUACGACUCGCUGGUGGAAAACCCACUGUUCUUAUUCCUCACCUCUGCAGUCUUUCUAAUGGUGAUAUACUUUCAAACUCAAGUUGUUGAUGGCCAAAGUAGAAUCAUCAGUGGAUUAGAAAGGCAAAUUGAAAAUGAGGGCAAAGACAAAAAAUUCCUCAUAACCAAACUGCAAGCCAUUUCAGAACAGAAUAAUCUGGUUUCACCUCAUACAUAAAGUGAUAUUAGGUCAUCAGUGCCAUGCGUCUUUACUUUAUUUUCAUCUAUGCCAAGAUUGCUACCAACGUCAUCAGGAAUGUCGACCUGCAAUGAGAACAAAAGCAAAAGCAAAGAACAAUGAAGUGUCUUAUUUUCAAAUGUAUUGCAUAAUGUUUGGUGAAUCCUUUAUAUACAGGAUGAACACAAACUAAAUUGGCUGUCAGCAGUUUAUACAUAGAGCUCCUAUUGUCUGCAGGGAUGUACAUUUCUUAUUUGUGUAGUUGUAGUUGAUGAAUAAUGAUCUUGAACAUGUUGUGAAAAGACUAAAUAAAUUUGUUUGAACAUGUCUGUUGUGUUAUUGGAAUGAGAAACAGCCUUGAUGUGCUUUUGAUGAAAUUUAACAAAUAACAACAAUCCCCUUGCCCUUUCCUUGACAAGAAGCAUA